GCUUCCUGAGAGGACUUUAUAAAAAUCACAUGCCUAAAGUUUUAGCCCUGCAGUCGGUAGUUUGUCAGACCAAACCACAGCCUGUUAACAUUCUGAAAAGCAAAAGAAACGUGAAUCAACAUGGCUUUUGUAUCAGAAAUGCUGAAGAAAGCCCAUUUCAUGGAAGAUUGUGAAUCACAAUCUGUUAAAAGUGCGAAAGGUGGUCCAGCAGUCCAUGCCUACCCAAACUUCAAUCCUUCUUCUGAUGCUGCAGCACUGGACAAAGCCAUGACUGUUAAAGGAGUUGAUGAAAAAACCAUCAUUGAUCUCCUUGUCCCAAGAACCAAUGCCCAGCGCCAGCAGAUCAAAGAGGCCUACCAGCAGUUAAAGGGAAAGCCUCUGGAAGAAGGUCUGAAAAAGGCACUCAAAGGCAACUUAGAAGAAGUUGUUCUGGCAAUGCUGAAGACUCCAGCCCAGUAUAAGGCUGAGGAGCUCAGGUUUGCUAUGAAGGGGCUUGGAACGGAUGAAGACAUUUUAAUUGAAAUAUUGGCAACAAGCAACAACAAGGAAAUCAGAGAAUUCUGCACAGCAUAUGGAGAAAUGUAUAAGAGAGAUCUUGCCAAAGACAUUGUCUCAGAUACAUCUGGACACUUUCAGAAAGCCUUGCUUGCCCUGCUAAAGGCAGACCGUGAUGAAAAUCCUCAUGUGAAUGAUGAGUUGGCAGAUAAUGAUGCACGGGCCUUGUAUGAUGCUGGAGAGAGAAGAAAAGGAACAGAUGUUGAUACUUUCAUUACAAUCCUCACUAAACGCAGUUACCCACAUCUCCGAAGAGUUUUUCAAAAAUACGCCAAAUGUAGCAAACAUGACAUGAACAAGGUUCUGGACCUGGAACUGAAAGGAGACAUUGAGAACUGCCUGACUGCAAUUGUCAAAGUCGCCACAAGCAAACCAGCUUUCUUUGCUGAAAAACUCCACCUAGCAAUGAAGGGUUCUGGAACUCGCACCAGAACUCUGAACAGGAUCAUGGUAUCACGUUCUGAGAUUGACCUGAAUGAGAUCAAAUACUGGUACAAGGAGCAGUAUAAGAUAACCCUACGCCAGGCUAUUUUGGAUGAAACGAAAGGAGACUAUGAAACCAUUCUCGUGGCUCUGUGUCAUGAGGACUACUGAGCACUAUAUCCUUCCAGUACUCUCCUGCUUCUAUGUACUUUUUAAAAGCUCAAGCUCUUGCAUACCUUUUUUAAAGCGUGACUUGCUUUUUUGUUCGUGUUUAUCUGAAGCCCAAAAGUAUGUUAAGAACUCAUAUAUCUGCUUUUGUUGGGUUAACCAGUGCAAAAGGUACAGAAUCUGCCUGAGCUGCUGAAAGUGACCUUCCAAAUAAAAAUAAACUGUGAUCUACA